AACUCCCUCAGUUCAGACUCUCUGAAGGACUCACUGUGAAGAAUGAAGCUUCCCCCCAUCUCACCGCCGCACUGACAAACGACUGACUGAAGAAACUUACCGUCCUCCAGCUGAACAGACCUGUUUACUGUAGGACUGUAAUCAAUCUGCAAAGACGUCCACAGAUGCCUCCCAAGAACAAGCGGGUCAAGAAGGACUCCGCAGGGUCUCCGAGUGACCCUGUGAAGUUCCAGGGUCAGGACUUCCAGAAGCUGUGCCAGGAUUACAUUAACAAACAAAUCAAGUUCAUCGAUGAGACGUUUCCUCCAGAGAAGCGCUCCAUCGGUACGGGCCUGCUGUCCCAGAGUGACAUGGCCAAAGUGGUGUGGAAGAGGCCGUCGGAACUGGUGGAAGACCCCUGUCUAAUCGUAGAUGGCGAGUCCAGGUUUGACUUCGCUCAAGGAGAACUUGGAAACUGCUGGUUUCUAGCUGCGGUCGCUGCCAUCACAUUCCAGAAGGAGAUCAUGGAUCGGGUGGUUCCAGGAGAUCAGUCGUUUGGGAAGGAUUAUGCAGGAAUGUUUCGAUUCAGGUUCUGGAGGUCUGGAAAGUGGGUCGAUGUCGUGAUAGACGACAAACUGCCGACUGUUGAUGGAAAACUGAUUUUUUUGAACUGCAAAACUUGCAAUGAAUUCUGGCCCGCCCUGCUGGAGAAAGAGUACGCCAAAGUAUGCGGUUCCUAUAAAGCCAUGCAAGGAGGGUACAUUUUUAACGCUCUGAGGGAUUUCACCGGGGGGGCGUACAAGACCUACUUCCUGAGCGAAGCUCCGAGUGAUCUGUGGGAGCUGAUGGACAUGGCAGCUCAGACCAAAGCCCUGAUGGGCUGUGGAACUCCUCAGGGGGAAACCUCUGCUAACACGGUGUUACCCAACGGCAUAGUGGAGGGCCACGCCUACGCCGUCACCGGAGUCACCAAGGUGAAGACUCAGCGUAAAGAAGUGAAACUGGUGCGAGUCUUCAACCCGUGGGGGGAGGGGGAGUGGAACGGAGACUGGAGUGACAAGUCACCUCUGUGGGGUAAAGUGAGCGAGGAGGAUCGCAAAAAAUGGCUGGAAGACAAAAACGAUGGAGAAUUCUGGAUGUCGAUGAAAGAUUUCUGCAGGAAUUAUUCUGAACUGGAUAUCUGCUGUGUCAGUUCUACAUUCCUCAGUGUGCCGCCUCCUGCGCCCAGGUCCCGUCGCGUCCAGCGCUAAGCGAACACAUCCGGCCUUUAGCAGCUCUUGUCAAUGGCUAAUGUACCCUUGCUAAUAAAUACAUAUGAUGUCUUCAUUUACAGCAAAACCCUUCAGCCUUGAUUUGACCUUAACCCUGAAAUGUACACAUUUUAACUAAAUUAAGCAGAAUAUGACAAGCUUUAGAUUUCUGUUAACCACAUUACAUGCCCUUUUUAGGCCAGGAACGAAGGAACUUAUCCCUUCAUCCUAAUAAAAGACUGACAAACAAACCCAGUAGUCGUGUUGUGUUGAAUUAGUGAAAGAAGAUCCACAUACAUUAAUGUAUAUGUUUACCCCUUACUUGAUCAGCCAAGCUUGGUGUCUGAAGUUUGCUUCUUUAGUUCUAGCACAGAGCUACAAGGCUAUGGUGUUAACUGCAUGCCUAAAGCAUUACACAGUUGCCU